AUGGUUGGGAUCAACUAUGUGUUCGAGUUAAAGGUUUACUCGAGUCGUGUGAUAAGUCUCCAUCAAUCGCCGGGAGCGAACACGAAGGACCUGUCGGCUUUAAAUGAUCUAGCAUUCCCUGGAUCUCUCAGAGCCAUGCAGUCAUUUUUUGGGAACCGAUUUAUCGAAGACUACACGAUCUACGCGUCGGUUCCCUAUGAAUUACGAGAAAUCGACUUUGCUGCGAUGACGAAAGAAACCACCCAAGCACAGAUUCAACAAAUGCUGGAGGCGGAGAACGUGGAUCAAGGAUCAUCGGAAGAUCAGGUGAACGACCACCGAAACCCUUUGAAUCUGGAGGCGCCAGAUCCUACUGAAGUGGAUGCGCGUUGGAUCCAUGCAUAUCGGUCCUUCAGAGUGCUUAAAGCCAAGAUCGCUACUACUCCGAUCUUACGAUACUCUGAUACAGAUCGUAGAGCUGCGAUUGUGGUGUAUGCAAGCGACUGGGUCAUUUCAGGAUCAUUGAUGCAGGAGUACGACAAGAUCUACCACCCCGUGAUAUUUGAGAGCCGUACUUUGAAAUCGAAUGAGCUGAAUUACGGUAUUGCGGAGAAGCAGGUAUUGGCCUUACUAAGAAUCCUGGAUCUUAACUACAAUGCGCUGGUCGGACGUCCGAUCCAUGUGUUGAUCCGACAUUCUACUUUGGCGUGGCUCUUCAAAUCCGCAGCCUUGCAGGGACGGUUAGUUCAGUGGACUGCUCUACUGUCGCCAUCGACUCUCGAGAUCACCAAGUGCGGCAGGGGUGAAGAAGAGAUCCCGGGAAUCGAGGCUCCGAUCCCGACUAUCGGACGAGAUGAGGAUCUAUACGCUGUUAGUUUCGAUGGAUACGCUCGUGUCAAGAGGGGUGGAGGCGCCUACAGCGCGAUCUUGUAG